GGCGUGCGUGUCCUUCGCGAUCUUCGUGUCGAGACUCGUGUCGAAUGAUUAAGAGUCAUGCUCGACGAAUUGUAUCAUUAGAAGUAACAACGACGUAUCGUGCGAUUAUAAAGUACAAAAGAAUACGAUCCGGACUUACGCAUGCCUUUCGUUUUGCUGAUCCACCACAAACCGAUCAAUUUCUCCGUCGCGCUGUGACACCAUUGAUUUUGAUUAAUCGAGAAAAUUGUUUCUCCUUGCAAACGCGACGCGGCGCUCGUGCUAAUCAGUAAUCCAAUUGUGGGACAAAAAGACGCGUGAAAAGACUUUCACGCGUGACAAGUGCACCGUGGUUGACGCAUUGAUUGGAGGUUCAGUUAGUGCGAUUUGUUCUGCGGGUUUGCAAUACUGACAAUAAUGCGACAAAUACAAUGUCAGGGACGCAAAUCUAGAGAAUGCAAUAUCGGAGGAUCCAAUUUAAGCCGAGUGGAGUUGGGAAGGCAAGCAAUGUUCUCUUUCUCUGUUUUAACCUUUUGCUGUCGAAAGCCGGGGUGUAAACAUCACAAUGACUCGAAUUGCAAUUGCGAAAGGUUGAUGUACCCAACGUGCCUUUUGGAACAUAGCUCUGAGCUCCAAGUAUUCGGCGAGAGAAAACUGUGUGUGUGUGUGUGUAGGAAGAGAGAUGAAUAUUUAAUUAAUUAAUACUUGUAGUCAUGAAAAGUUAAUGCACUCGACAUCUCUAGCUCUAGUCAACUCUAGACUCCAGGUGUUCAGUGAGAAAACUAGGAAGAGAGAUGAAUACUUAAUCAAUAAUUGCAUCUGGUGGAAAGUUAAUGUACUCGACAUGUCUCUAUUUGGUGGAAUUUGCGGCCACAUGGAGAAUACUGUUCCGGCUGGUGCGAUUCCGGAGAAUGCAGAUGCUGUACUGGAGGAUCCGGUUCGGGCAAAGCGGAGUCGACUUAAAGGUUUGGUGGUUGAACCUGACGUCGUAGUGAGUCACAUACAAAGAUCUGACUUGUGGCUUGUGGUCAUACGCUGGACGCGGGAGAUGCAAUUUUGGUGGAUGCUGCACCGGAGAAUCCGGCUCGGACCGAGCGAAAUCGGUUCGAAGAUUUCUGUAACUGAACGUGGUCGAUUUUGAGCUGCUGGUGUUUUGGUGAGUCAAAAACAAAGAUUUACGGUGAUGGAUGUGGAUUUGUCGGAGUUUAUAUAUAACAUCAAUGCGAUUUAUAUUUGGUUCGUAGAAUUUUGCAUGUACAUUGAAAGAAAAAAAAUUGUUAAUCUCACUGCGUACUGAAAUCAUUUUCGUUGUAGCAUUUACUACAAAAACCGAGUUUCCAAUUACAAUUAAUUCACUGUGCAAUCAUAUUCAUAAAUAUUUUUAAUAUCAAAUAUUUUUCUCUCAAUGUAGGGUGUUACUUAUCUGUGUGUCAUCCGAAUUAAAAUAUACCGCUUGAAACAAUCAAGGGACGUUUCUUUGAAUAAUUGUCUUAUUUAGCACAAAUCUAAAUGUGAUGGAAUGCUUCUUUUUCAUGUAUAGAUACCGACUUUCUUAUAUUCUUCCAAAUUUAUUAAUUCUCAGUAAAUUCAUUAUAUGAUUCAUUAUAAUUAUUCAUUAUUAAAUUCAUUAUAAUUCAUGUAUAAAUUUAUACGUAUAAAUAUUUUGACAUUUGAUAUAUGUUUGAUUAAAGAUAAUUAUUCGGCAAAAUUGCUCAUUUAGUGUAUUCUCUCAAUUGUUUCGAAUGAUGUAAACUACGCAGCAGAAUUAUGCAUCAAAAUUAUGCACUA